AUGAAUCAUCCUCAAUACAAUGAACAAUUAGUGGUGAAUGACAUUGCUCUCUAUGAAUUAUCGACUCCUAUCGUAAAUUUACCUCAAACACAUAUUGCAAAAAUUCCAAGAAAAAAUCCUCUCGUCAAAACACCUCACUAUAUCGUGGGAUGGGGAAUUACGAGUGAUGCGAGUGGAGCGGCAUCGAAUGAACAACGAGCUGGAGUGGCACCCAUUGUCGAUGAUGCCUUGUGUAACAAAUUAGGACUUGGAAUGUCGUCUGCGAAUGGACAGUUAUGUGCUGGUAAUGGUGAUGGAGUGGAUGCUUGUGUUGGUGACUCUGGAGGUGGUCUUUCCUUCAAGCCCAAGAAUGAUACUCAAUUUGUAGUGUCAGGAGUUGUGUCGUAUGGACCAAGUGGAUGUGGUAUUCCAUCGUCAGUCACUAACAGAGGAGUGUAUUCUUCAGUGGCAUAUUUUAAAAACUGGAUUGAAACUCAAGUGAAUGGAGCCUCACCACUCUUCUAUUAUGAUGGCACGGGUGGUUCAGAUCAAACGGACACGACAGUGGGUGGAGGAAAAAAUCAAAUCAAUGGAGCAGGAACCAAUUCUCUCAAAUCGAUUCAUUUUCUUUCGCUGACAUUUCUUGUGUUGUUCUUUUUUUGCAUGAUUUAG